CUCCGACCAGACACCAGCAGAUCCACCCGGCGGAAUCAUGAAGUUGGUUGCAGUCCUCUUCCUGGCGGCGGCGGUCGCGGCGGCCCCCUCGCCCUCCCCGACCUACGUGAGCAGCCCCGUGGUCUACUCCAGCGGCCUGGACCACGGCUACGGAGGCUGGGGCAGCGGCCUGGGCUACAGCGGCCUGGGCUACAGCGGCCUGGGCUACAGCGGCCUGGGUUACGGCGGCUGGGGCAGCGGCUACAGCGGCUACAGUGGCUACCACGGAUACCCCGCCGUCAUCAAGACCGCCCCCGUGGUCGCCGUUGCUCCCGUGGCCACUUCAUACUCCUCAUCCUGGAAGGCCCCUAGCUACGGCUACGGCCACGGCAGCUGGGGCGGCUACGGCGGAUAUGGCGUUUACGGUGCGCCCGCCACUUCCUACCAGAGUGUAUACAAGGUGUCCAAGCCCCUGUACUACGGCAGCGGGUACGGCUACGGCGGCUACGGCGGCUACGGCUACGGCCACGGCUGGUGAGCUGCGUGCCGCUGAGAGGGACUGACCCAACAAGCUGCACCGUCACAUCACUGCCCUCCGCAGCCCUGCGCAGCCCUGCGCCGACUCGUCCAUCUUCACCAAAGUCCGCACCAUGGCGUCGUCACCUCGGCAACGACGAGCCGAAGCAGUUCCUGGCUAUUCUACCUGAAAAGUCAGGUCAAUAGUCGAAUCGACGCUGUGCAACGACCAAAAACAACCAAGACUUGGAAUAAAUUUUCAAAACGUUUUUCCAAAACAA